AUGUACAACAAAAUGCAAUUACUACUUAUUCUCCUAUUGAUUGUAAAUUCUACGUUUGAAAGCGAAUGCAGUUGUGAUCAACUAGGGGAGAAGGAUUGUAAAAUAGCAAAACAAUGUAAAUUCGACUAAAAUUCAUGUCAAUUAAAAAGUUGUUAGGAUUAUUCGAUAUCUGAGUGCAACUAUAUUCCCAACUGUAACUCAGAGAACAAUGUAUGUAAAGAUCAUUUUUGGUCUACCUGUGCAGAUAUACCAUUAGAAGUUUGUGAAUUUCGUGAAAAUUGUGCAAUAAAUAAUGAAAAUUAGUGCAAAGAAUUUACAAAGUGUGAAGAUUAUUAAUUUAGUGGGAAUGGGAAUUGUAAUUUGAAAAAUGUAAAUUGUUAUAAUGGAUAAGAUGGGCAUUGCAAAAAGAAAACAUUGAUUGGGAACUGUUCAGAAGUGCAUGAGGAUUGCGAGAAGUAUUAAAUGUUGGAUACGAAAUAAUGUGUAGUAUCAACUGACAAUAAAUGUGUAAGUAUACAAGUUACUCAAUGUUCCAAUAUGAAUGGAACACCUGCUUGUUCGUUUUAUCAAGAAUGCAAUUGGGAUAUAACCACGAGUAUUUGUAGUGAAAAAAGAUGCAGUGAUUUGAGUUCACAAAAUUGCAAUGGUGCAAUAAAGAAUUUGAAUGGAGAUCAGAUGGUUUGCUAUUGGGAUGGUGGAGUAUGUCAGAAGAUGAAUUCGAUUGAAGAUUUAUCUGAAACGAAUUGCUACUAAUCCACAAAUGGGUAGCACACCUGGAGAGAUGGGGAGUGCCAGGAGUGCAGCUCAUUUGGGGGAUUAGUGAUACUGAUAAAUUAUUUAAUAUAUUUAUUUUGA